GAAGGCAGCACCCGUCACACAAAUGGCGGCGGACGUUGUAAACAGAACCAACAGCUUCUCCGGGGCCGAAGUGAAAGCUCUGUUUUCAACAUGGACAGCGUAGAGUUUGACCGGUUAGACAGCCUCGAGGGCUGGGUGGCCGUUAAAAGUAACAUAUUCGAAGAGCAUGAGCCGUUCAAGUUGGGUUUCAUCGUCCAGUGGAACGUCAUCGAGUCGAAGUUCGCAGUGACCUGCCACAACCGGACGUUACAGCGGCAGAAACGUAAGGCUGAGGUGUCCGCCGGCGGCGAUUCCCAGAUGAGCUGGGCUGGACUGUUCUCCGUAAGCGACCUGAAACACGUCCACCAACAGUUCACAUGCGUGGCGGACGUCCUGGGGGGCUGCUUCCCGGAUUUGACCGACUUUGAAGAAAGUAACAUUUGGGAUUUGCUGCUGUUGAAUCGGAAGUCCGGUCCAGAGGAUGACGAACAGAGAGACUUCGACACGCCGUGCAGGAAAAUGGAAAAAUACUUCAGCACAGCCAUUGAUCUCUGCGGGAGAAAGAUCGUCAUGGAAACUUUGUUCACCCAGGAUGAGAGAGAUGUCGAUGAGUACUUUGAAAACCUGCAGGAGUUCAAAAAGAAGACCAUGCAGGAGGAGAUGUCAAGGGCCAAGAGUCACCUGAAGGAGCUGCUGCAGAGUCACAGCUCUGCUAACGGGAUGGUAGCACUGCUGAGCAUCUAUGAGAAGGAAGAUGAGGCCUAUCAGGACCUGGUCACCGUUGCCACCAGCUUCUUCCAGUACCUGCUGCAGCCUUUCAGAGACAUGCGAGAACUGGCCUGCCUAUACAAGAUGGAGAUUCUGAAGUCUUUGGAGUUCGAGGACUUGGGUCCCAAGAGAAUUGCAGCUCUGGAGAAGGAGGCGGAGGAGUGGAGAAUAAAAGCAGAGGAUGCAGUCGCCUCCAUCCAGGACAUCACCGUCACCUACUUUGCACAGACGUCAAGGGCUCUAGCCGGUAUGGUAAAACAAAUGGAGGAGGAUAAGAAGCGUUUUGGACCUGCUGCCUGGGCGUCUGCAGCUCCCAGACUGGAGAAACUGCGCUUCCUUUUAGCCAAAGAAACCUUGCAGCACAUGCGAGCGGCAGAGAUGUGCCUCAGCCGCAAGAAAGAUGCGAUCAAAGAGAGGCUGGAGAACCUGUCAGAAAGCAUCCAGAACCGGACUCAGGGGUCUGCGUUUGACAACAGUCAGAAACACGACACGGUGGACCAGCUGGAGCUGCAGUUCUAUGAAACCCAUCUAGAACUGUAUGAUGCCAAGUUUGAGAUCCUGAAGAACGAGGAGCAGCUCCUGGUUGCUCAGAUAGACACCCUGCAUCGACAGAUUAAAGAGCUGAAGGAGGAAGUGGUGUACUAUGAUGUCUGUGAGGACCCAGAGGAGCUGCACAGCUUGGUCCACGCAGCGUUUCAACAGGCAGAAUCUCCGCUGAUCCGUCAGCUCAGAAGACGCCUGAAGACCCUGGAGACCAAGAGGGGCAACAUCUGUGCUCGGAGGGCUUACCUGCGCAACAAAAAGGAUCAGUGCACGGAGGCCCAGGAGCAGAAGCAGCUGGCAGGCAAGCAGAGCUCCAUACUCUUCAGCCAACAUCACCAGGUCCACCUGAAACGGGAGAAGAGGAAAGAGGAGGAGCAGAGGAGGAAGCAGUGGGUGGACCAGGAGCGAGAGAAGACCCUGAGCAGAUUACGAUCCUUCAGAGAGAAGCAACAGGGCCAGUACAUCCUGAAGACUCCUCAGUCCAGGAGGUCUCCUUCAGAGGUCUCUUGCCCACCCCAGCCAAUGUCCAUCAUCAGCUUGUCGCCUUCUGCCUCUCCUGAAGAGCCUUCCUCCAUCCGCCCAGCGCCCAGACGCAACAAAACCCCCAGAAAACAGCAGCCUAAAGAUAUCCCUGUUCAGAUAUUCUCUGCUCCGCCUCCGCCAGCUUUAACCUGCCCCACUGCACCUCCUCCUCCACCCCCACCACCACCACUUCCACCACCACCUCCUGCCAUACCACCUCCGCCUGUCCGAGCUUCACCUUCCCCCAAGGACACACCGAUGCCUCUCAGUGACAAAAACGAGUCUUUUCCAUCCAAGAACAUGCUCACGCAAAAUAUAGGAACUAUGGAUGAAGUGUUGGCCUCGCUGACGCGCGGACAGAUUAAACUCCGAAAGGUCCCCGCUGCCAGGACCAGUUCUGGCGAGGACGCGAGGAGCAGUCUGAUGUCCGCCAUCCGACAGGGAGUCACAUUGAAGAAGGUGGUUCCCAUGCGGGAGGAAAUCUCGGGGAGCACCGACAACGAGCUGGAGCGCAGCAUCAAAGCCGCCAUGAUGAGGAUGAAGAAGGUGGCAGCCGACUCUGACGACGAGGACGGAGGUGACGACGACUCGCAGAACGCAGACUGGGACAGCUGAGAGCAUGAUCUUGCAGACGAGGUUGUUCAUCCCCCCUUGCUUCGUUUUCCUCACAGUUGUGAGAUUUCAACAAAAAAAAUGCUGCUUCAUCUGACAAGGACGGGAUUACGCCUCCUCCUACGACCAAAACACUUUAGUUUGUUGGAGCUGUCACUCACUAAUCCCAUUGGUCCUCCUAAAGUAGCACUGAGAUGUAAGUGAUCCAAAACGGCUCCGAUCCAACUAAGUAGGGCCAGAAUCAGGAUUUAAUCUCCUCUAGUUUGGAGAAUUUUCAGAGUGAACGGCUCAAUGGGAUGUUCUGCAUUAUAAAGUAGCGGCAGUGGGCAGUACUGAAGUGCAGCGUGUUAAUGAUUGAAACUUACUGCAUCAAGGCCUUUUUAUGAGGCUGCUGCUCAGCAGGGGACGCCUGUCCUGCAGGAAGAAACAACUUCCCCUCUCAUAUUUCUGAAUAUUAACUCAUUAUCUUGAAUGUAAUAAAAAAAAAAAAUGCAUUUUCAUAGGCUUAACCCAGCUACUGUAUUGCUCAACAAAAGAGCAGUUACUGUGUGAAGAGCAGCGGUGUAAGCUGUUUACAGUCUACACAACUAAAGCCGUCAGCGAUUUCUACUAGAACCUGCUGUCUUGUCAGAAAUGUGUGGGAGUCUUGUAAGGCUUUGUCUCGAAACAAAUCUUUCUUCAUGGCGUCAUAAGAAAUGAUGAAUUAGGAAGGCAACAUAAUUUUUUAAUAAAUACUUAUGUUCACACAUGAAACUUCUCAUCCUCUAAGCCUUGGUUUGCCUUAGUGAAUGAAACGAGCUGGUAAUGGCUGCACUGGAAACGCAUAUGCACUACUGUUUCAUUAAAAAGGAAAUCAAUAUAAA